AUGCGAAAUAUGGGCAAUCUUAGAGAAUCUGCUAGCUUGGAUCAAUUCGAAGGAUUAAUCGUAGACAAGAACAAAGUAGUCGUUUACUUCACUAACCCUUUAGAUCAAGCUUGUAAACUACAAGAUCCUGCCAUAGACAAGGUUGCUGAACAAUUCAUAGACACCCUAUUCGUUAAAGUUGAUGUCAAUGAACACGCUGACAUUGCCACUGAAUUUAAUGUUGAUGAAACUGUCGGUCCCCGUAAUUUUCCUUCUUCUGAAAACAAGAUUAAAUGGAUUUUCGGUUAA